GCACGUCGUCGGGCUCGACGGACUCCGCGAUGUUUCGCCGGACGGCAGCGUCAUUGCUUCUCUUGGGCCUCGCCGCCUUCGCGUCCUCGAGCGACGAGUAUGUCUGCGACGAAACGUUGAGCAGAGGUGCCCGUAGCCCCUGCGUUCAAGAAGUGCAACGAGCGGUCGGAGUCGAGGCGGACGGCAUCUUCGGUCCGGACACCGAGGCGGCGGUCGUGGCGUUCCAAGGGCGUCAAGGUCUGGUUCCUGACGGCAUCGUUAGUCGCCAGACUUGGGCUGCGAUCCGUGCCACCUCCGCGGCGCGGUUACUUCAACGUGGAAUCGACGAUACGAGUGCCGAAGCAUGUCCGACCGGAGAGAUCUCCCCGUGCACUUGCAACGAAUACCUCGAGGGUGUGGAGGUGGAUUGUACGAGAGCCAGGACGAGUGCUGAGAUCUCCUUGGCACUGGAGAGCGCCGAUUGGCCCUCCUCUCGACUCUGGCGAUUCUGGAUGGAGGGUAACACGGGAGUAAAGGAACUGCCCGAAUGGAUCUUUGGCGACCUCUCCUUCGAGCAAAUAAUCGUGCGCGACAGUGCCUUGGAGAGGAUCGAUCCGAUGGCCAUCCUCCCCUUCAAAUCCGAGCUCGUGAACAUCUCCGUUCAUCAUAGCCGCUUGAAGUCGUUUCACUUCGAUAUCAUACCGGAAUUCCCCCGCCUUAAAAGACUCUGGCUCUAUGGUAAUUCGCUGAGCUCAGUUCCGGCCAUUCACAGCAAGAGCCUCGAUAUACUCUGUCUCUCGACAAAUAACAUCAAGAGAGUGGAGCAAGACGGUUGGGCGACUCCCAACGUCACCGAAUUCAACAUUGGUUACAAUCCCUUGUCGGAGUUGCCACUCAGAGUGAUCAAGAGCAUGGAGAAACUGGAAGAGUUCUUUUGUUCUGGGUGCAGUCUGGGACCCACGCUCUCGAGCGGGCUGUUGGAAUUCCGCAGCAAGGCCUUCAAGUGGGUGGUGCUCUGGAGUAACGGCAUCUCUCGAUUGGAGCCAAGAGCCAUCAAAGGUCUCACGGCCGACUCAGAGGUGAUACUCGCUGAAAACAACAUCGCAACAUUGGAUGAAGCCAUCUUCCGCCCCUUGCUGGAGGUGAUGUCCUUGGGAGAGGGCUUCCUGGGUCUCAAGUCCAAUCCUAUUCGGUGUGAUUGCAAUUUGGCUUGGCUGGCGUUCGCUCCUCAAUUACUGAGUAAUAUCCACGAAGCGAAGUGCACCGAUGGGAGAGAUUUGACGGACCCAGGCCUGUUGAAAUUUCUGAAGAAAUGCCGCAACGACACGUUGACGUGUCCGGAACGUCCUCGAUGUCCGACCGGUCUCGCCGGCCUGAGAUGCAUCGAAGCCGAAUAUGCAUGUUUCUGUGAUGAGGGUACUCUCAACACGUACUUCGCUUGUCCGAGAGCCUCUCAAGUGUGCUGCGUCAGCUCCGAUGCACAAAUCCCUCCUUGCCGUGGAUGCGUGGAGGCGAACGGCUGUGAAGCACUCCCCGGCAUUCACCGUGGACACUUCACGAUUCUAUCUUGCCGUGACGGUAGGCGGAGACCUGAUCGAAUAGAAGAGACAUUCAACAACACAGAAUGUUUUCGAGGAGGAAAAUACCAGAUUGGAACUAAAGUGAAAUAUUCCUGCGAUAAAUAUUACUUCCUGAGAGGUCUCCUGGUCCGCACUUGUGGAAAGAAUCAAGAAUGGACGGAGCCUGCCCCCUUCUGCGAACCUGGAUGUGGAAGUAAGAGGGAAGUUCCUAAGUCGGUAAAACGUCCUAUUCACACGAUGCGAGGGAAGGUAGCGCCCAUCGGGGAGUGGCCAUGGCAGGUGGCCAUCUACGAUAAGGAUGAGGAAGUUAUCGAUUGUGGAGGGGCUUUGAUACGAGAACAAUGGGUUCUCACAGCAGCACAUUGCGUCGUGAACUACGAUCCCUACUUCCAAGCCCGAGAUGCGAACGACUUCCUCGUCUAUCUUGGCAAGCACUAUCGGAAUGACUCCAGGGACGAUGGACUCGUGCAGAAGUGUAAGGUGGCACAGGUCUUCCCACACCCCAGGAACAGGCAUCAGAUAUUCCAAGCGGACAUUGCCCUGUUGAAACUCGAGGAACCAGCUAAGCUGACGGAAGGAGUUCAGCUAGUCUGCCUGCCAACCCAGGAAUACCUAUCGCAGCACAAUGUAGAUCACGGAAGGAAAGGAUGGGUGGCAGGUUGGGGUCUCGACGGCUCAAAUUCCCCAUCUCGUGUCUUAAGAAACGUUGAACUUCAAGUCCAAUCUGCACCCAUUUGUUCGCGCUAUACCGAGGAUGUCACAAGACAAUCAUCUAACCUCGUUGACACCCUCUUUUGCGCUGGACAGCUAGGAGAGAAUCAUACAAGUAGGACCCUCUAUUACUCCGUCGCCCCGAGAAUAUUAGAAUAUGAGACGGUAUGCAAGGGGGAUUCGGGGAGUGGUAUGGUCUUCCCUAUUUUCCCUUAUCUGGAGAGAGGUCCCUGGAUCAUUGAGGGAGUAUUGAGCCAUAUAUAUCACAAUGAAAGUCAAAAUUGCUCUGAUCUGCUCCCAGGCCAGUUCGGCGUCUUCACCAAGGUGCAUCGACCUGAUCGAAUAGAAGAGACAUUCAACAACACAGAAUGUUUUCGAGGAGGAAAAUACCAGAUUGGAACUAAAGUGAAAUAUUCCUGCGAUAAAUAUUACUUCCUGAGAGGUCUCCUGGUCCGCACUUGUGGAAAGAAUCAAGAAUGGACGGAGCCUGCCCCCUUCUGCGAACCUGGAUGUGGAAGUAAGAGGGAAGUUCCUAAGUCGGUAACACGUCCGAUUCACACGAUGCGAGGGAAGGAAGCGCCCAUCGGGGAGUGGCCAUGGCAGGUGGCCAUCUACGUUAAGGAUGAGGAAUUGAUCAAUUGUGGAGGGGCUUUGAUACGAGAACAAUGGGUUCUCACAGCAGCACAUUGCGUCGUGAACUACGAUCCCUUCUUCCAAGCCCGAGAUCCGAACGACUUCCUCGUCUAUCUUGGCAAGCACUAUCAGAAUGACUCCAGGGACGAUGGACUCGUGCAGAAGUGUAAGGUGGCACAGGUCUUCCCACACCCCAGGAACAGGCAGCAGAGAUUCCAAUCGGACAUUGCCCUGUUGAAACUCGAGGAACCAGCUAAAUUGACGGAAGGAGUUCAGCUGGUCUGCCUGCCCACCCAGGAAUACCUAUCGCAGCACAAUGUAGAUCACGAAAGGAAAGGACGGGUGGCAGGUUGGGGUCUCGACGGCUCAAAUUCCCCAUCUCGUGUCUUAAGAAACGUUGAACUUCAAGUCCAAUCUGCACUCACUUGUUCGCGCUAUACCAAGGAUGUCACAAGACAAUCACCUAACCUCGUUGACACCCUCUUUUGCGCUGGACAGCUAGGAGAGAAUCAUACAAGUAGGACCCUCUAUUACUCCGUCGCCCCGAGAAUAUUAGGGGGUUUUGAGGAGAGGCAAUUCAAGGUAAAUCGGUUGGGCGACUAUGAGGCAAAUGCGGGGAAGAACCUCACCGGGAACGUGCCACAUGCCGAGCGGUAG